AUGGCACUAUCUGAGCGACCCAGGUCUCACGACUCAGGUCGGGAUCCAUCGUUGCAGGAUAACGCGCAGGCUCAUCUCCCUCCAAUACUAUCCACGGCGACAGACCAGACUCCGCCGUCUGCAAAGGCCGGCGAAGCCCAAGUUCCACACGUCGACAAAAAAGAUGGCAACGGACAUACAGUGAUAGAAACAGCCUCGAGUUCAGGAAGUCACAAUGCAAAAGCAACCCCAUCGGACGCUGCUCCUAGCGUUGUCCCAACAGCGACCAAGAGGAAGGAAAUUGCACUUGCAUGGAUUCCGGCAUGUCUCACUGUCAUAAUGCUCAUGCUGACAGCGUUGUACGCCCUUAGACCCGGUCUAUGGAAGAGCGACUUCAUCAACUCGUCUCCGAGCAAUGCCAUUUUCGUUCUCCGAGCCUUGUCUGAGGUGACGGGCUUCCUCCUUGCCAUUACCGUGGCCUCUGCAUUUGAACUGCUGCAAUGGCUUUUGACCGUGCGCGAAGACGGCAUCCCGCUGGCUGAGUUCUUGUGCCUUCAACCGGGAACUGGAAUAUUGGGACUGAUACAAAUCACUGCUGGGGCAAACUUCGGAGCUGGGACAAGGCUCUGGGGAGCCCUCAGGCUGCUUGCUGUGGCCUUGUUACCGAUAUUGGGAGUCUUGAUCAUGAGCGAAGUGGGAACAGUCCUCAGAUUCGACAAGGUGGGCCAGACAGUCGCGCCCCUGGGAUUCGGGCUUGGGUCCUUGAACACGAGCGUCGCCGUCACGUUAUCCCCCUUUACCGAUAUACUCCUCGGAGCCUCUUUCAGCCAGUUUCUGGACGAUCCCACACACGCGGUAGACAUCUCAGAUGUUGAUCGCAGAAGAGCCUGUUCCCCUUCGGUUACUGUGCGUGGUGAAAAAACGUGUGAGCGAGCUAUCUACCUCGCAGCAGGACAGGAGGAGAUAGCUGCACAGAUAACAACAGAUGCUCAUCCCCGAGCCGACUCCUGGCUCGUCGAGGACCACCAAGGCUAUGUUCUUCGCUUCACGGAGGGAGACCAAAAGUGGGUGUUUGAAACUGGCACAGAAUGUCGGACGUAUUACACCGAGGCCGUGGGAUCUACACUGGGGGCUUUCAGGCUUUGUGCAAAAAACGUCGCCCCGAGUCAAAUAGAGGCCAGAAUAUCAAGCUGCAGCUAUGCAGACACCCUCACUGGGAGCUGUGGCAAGGAGUCGACAUGGAAUUCCACCCCGGCUUGGACCACGAGGCUUUCCUCAACUUUCCGCCAGGCCAAGAUUGCAUAUUCGAGACUCAAUGGCACUAUCAUCUCCCACGAUUUCAGCACACUGCCAGAGACAGUGGCACCACUCCGGUCGGCGGAUCUAUUAGAAGCAUGGGACAAUUUCUUGGGCCUCGCGAGUUCCACAGAUCUUACCACGUCCACCACUCUGGAAAUACUGGGGCUGGGAGCCGGUAAAUUCAUGUUCCCAGCUAUGAUCGCCUCGAUGCUGAACUCGAUUACCGAACUCUCUCCACAUAGCCCGGCCCUUCAGACCAGGGCGGUCAAUGCGCUACAGGCACUGCUGGCAAUACCCGUCUACUUUUGCCAGACAGGCUACAUUGAACGGCAGGCGGUCUCGGAGCUACCGAGCAAUAUCCUAUUGACCAACUACGACAACAUCAAUCUUCCCCCCGGACUCAAACGCAACAGCCCUGUUUACUUCACCGUCAGCAGAAAUCAGAUUGUCGUGGGACUGGCGUCUGUUAUCGCCUACGUGAUCCUGAGCGGGUUUGUAUUGAUAUUGUGCUUUUUGGCACUGGGAGGGGGAGUUUUCACCAAGAGAUUCAGCCAUGUCCCCGACACCACUUCAUUCCCACUGCUGGACUUUUGCCGCCAUUGCGUUGUAACGACCAAGAAUGGGGUGCCCACGACAAAGGGGACGCUCCAGAGCACCGAAAGAUACGACGACAUCCCCAUAAGGGAGAUGGAUGUGAAAAUGGCCAAAAAAGCUGCAUAUUCUUCGGCCUACGAGAAACCACCCGCAUAG